AUGUCGACAAUAUCGAAUUCAUUAAGGGAACUGGACAUGAAUGAACACACGAAUUUAUCUCAGUAUAUUGACCAAUGGCAGACAAGGAAACGGGUAAACAAUGAUUCAUCAUUUGUGGGAAUACCUUUUAGUUCGAAAAGUUUCCAUGUCAGAUUCAUCGGCAAUCAGGAAAAAUCUGAAAAGAGGAGAAUGAAAAAGUCAAAUUUAGUUAUAGUCAAAUUGAUAUUAGAAGCCUUGAUCAUCAAUCUUCUGAUACUGAAGGAAGUCAAAUGUAACAGUGAUUCCUGUCCAGUAUCAAGACAAACUAUGGAUAUUGUUCCAAACUGUCCGACCAGUGAAUCAGAAUGGCAAAAAGCUUCUCAAAGAAAGAACUGUUCAGCUUUUGCCAGUCAAUGUAGUGAACCUGACAAACUUUUGUACCAUUGUGUGAUAAAUCCAUUUGUGAAUCAAACAUUGGAAGUAUGUGCUUAUGGAAUGUACAUUCAUCUAGGUUAUUGUACGGAGUACAGCUACAGUGGCAAUAUAAUCCAGCAGAAUUAUGAUACAGACUGUUCCAAGUUUACCCAGAAUCCAUGUCCCAGUGGCUACCACUCCACAGAAGCAUACAAAUACCCUGGUUGCUAUGAUCUGACAAAGAAAUCCACAGUACAGAAUCCAACUACAGCAGCGUCUGUCCCUACCUCUGAUACAAAUGUACCGACUGAAAAUAUGUCCAUGGUUGAAGAGUCAGAUAUGGAAAAUGUUAAAGAUAUAAACUUGGAACUUAUUAUUGAAAUCACUAUUACAAUUGGAAUCCUUCUGGUAGUUGGAACCGCUGUUGCAAUUUUUUUACUGAAGAGACGUCAAGCUAAAUCUAAAGAGCAAUGCCUUACUGAAAAAGAAACAGUAGAAGAGAAUGGUCAACUCAUGAAGGAAAAUGGAAAAAUAGAAGACAGACUGAUGCAGAUUGAGCCUUAAAUAUUGCAUAAUAAAAUUAAA